AUGUCUUUCUUACUCAGAAGAUUCACAUCGACCAGCGAGUCUGCUAUAGACAAUGCGGAGGAGCAGGACCAACAAGCAGAAAGAGAAGCAAACAAAGAAAUCAAUUCACAGAACAUUGAUCAGGAGGCGGAAUUAAGUAAUGAAAAGCUAUCUGAUUCGGAAAAGAAACCCAAAAAAUCACGAACGACGUUCCUCAAAAGUUUGGUAGGGAGUUCGAGUAGAAACAAUUCCUCGUCAUCAUUGACCUCUGCAAAUUCGAGCAGCUCAAGUAUUAACAGUGCCUUGCCACCACUACCCCCGAUCGAGCUACUAGGAUAUGGUCCCACUGUGAGGCAUAAAUUGAUGGACCCUGCUUUAGCCAGCGAUAUCCGAAACUUAAUACCUGCAAGACUUCAACUUUUCGACAAGUGGUACUUGGUAUAUUCUCUGGAGCAGCAUGGCAUUUCUCUCAAUUCAUUGUACAGGAAUUCAAACCCAGAGCAUCAAUUGAUAGAGUAUAAAAAGCGGAAGAAAGCUGAUAAAGGUUUUGCUGAAUCGGUUGUCAACAGGAUGAUGGCUAAUGACACUCCAAAUAAUAUAUAUGGGACAACACCAAAACGUCCACAGGGCUAUGUGUUGGUGAUCAAGGAUAAACGUCUGUCGAGAUUUGGAGCCUUUUUAAACGAAUAUUUAAAGCCAGUGGAUCACAAGAGAUAUUACGGUAACGGGGAGUGCUUUUUGUGGAAAUGCGAAAAGUAUGAUCCGUCAAAAUUGAAUCAUGGCAACAAUAUGUCUUCCCUGAAAUCAAAAUCGGCAUUCAGGUUCAAGGCAUUUAUGUACACUGGAAUCAAUGACAAUGUAAUAUAUUCCAAUCAUGACUUUAUCGCAAUCGGGUCGUCACAGGGUCAAAAUGGUCUCUAUAUUGACAAGUCCUUGUGCAAAGGGGUGAGCUAUCCGUGUGAAACUUUUGGUAACGAAAUAUUGUGUCAGAAUAAUUCAUCUGACUCAAAAUAUGGACUGUUUGGCAUACGAGGGUUGGAGGUUUGGAGGAUAGGGGAUCUCGAAUAG